AUGACUGGAAGAGGUCGUGGACGUGCUCCUGGUGAAUAUAUUAAUUUACCUUCAAAUGCAGCUGCUGAUGUUGAUGCUUAUUUUGAAUAUCGAGCUAUUGUUGGUGAUGAUGAUAGAGGAAAAGUAUUUACUCCUGAAGAAUAUGAAGAAUAUAAGAAAAGAGUUUUACCAAUGCGUCUUCAUAAUCGAUUAUAUGUUUCAUGGGUUAAUUCUCAAGGAAUGGAUUGUAUUUUAAUUGGACCACAACAUAAAUGUCUUUGUCGACAUAAAUUUGCUGAACAUAAAACAGAUUUUGUUGAAAUUCCUAUUGAACGUCCAAUAUUUAUUUCAUGUCGUCAAUCAGGUUGUCGUUGUGUUUCAUUUGAAUAUGUUACUAAUACAUCGGGUACAAGUGAUCCAAAUUGUCGUUGUAAACAUUCACUUGAUAAUCAUACAACAAAACCACCUUAUAAAUGUCAAAAAAAUUGUAAUUGUACCGGAUUUUCUGCUCCAUUUACAUGUACAUGUGGUGAAUCAGCAAAUAAACAUAUAACUCUAGUUGAAACAAAAGAAGAAAGAGAAAAACGCGCUCAUCCAAUUGGUUAUGCAACACCAUAUCAAGCCAUGGGUGGUUUAACAGGAUUUAGUUCUUUAGCUGAAGGUUAUUUACGAUUGGAUCCAAGCGGACGAGGUCGACCAGAUGAUGAUUUUCUUAAUCAACCAAUAACUGCUAUGGAUCAUCCAAUACUUCGUGUACAUGCAUCUCAUGAACCUAAUAGUACAGAAGGACAAUCACAAUUAAGACAUGUUGGAGAAGCUGAAUUAGAUUAUUAUGAACGUCGUUAUCAAGAACGACAACGUCUUUCACGUGGUAUACAUGCAGCACCAAAUCCAUAUGAUGCCGAUACAAAAUUAACAACUGGUACACGAAAUGAUAAAUCACCAUCACAUCGUAUUACAGGCAAUAAAAAAUAG